AUGGCUGCCAACGAUUACUACAACCCCAGGAGAGCGGACGCUCCUCUACCACCCCUGCCGCCUCCAUCGCCACAGCCCGUCAGACCUCAGGUCGAUACGCAAAACCUCUACAACAACUCGCCCAUCAUGCACUCGAAUCCCGCCUCCGCGCAAUCACCCUUUGACGACCGGUCCUACCCUGCGUACCCCAACCCUUCGCACAACCCGUACGGACCGGAUGCCAACGAAGACACCGCCUACCAUGGAAAUGCUGGCAUGUAUGGGCAGCCGCCGCAUCCGUAUGAGCAGACACCCACAGAUCCCUUUGGCGAUUCAAAUGCUAUACCCUUGCAUUCUCAAAACCCAAAGCUUGAGGCUAGUCCGAGCAGAUACAAUGCGGACCCUGAAUAUCAGUAUCCUCUGGUCGGCGAUCCGGCGCAAAGGAAAUCGGAUCGACGAAGGCACAAGAAGAGGAAGCAGGGCUGGUUUACGGGAAAGAUUACCUGGGUAGUGUUUAUUUUGACGCUAGUCGAGAUAUGCGUCUUUAUCGCUGAGAUUGCUCGCAACGCCAUCCUGACCGGGUCGCCAAUCAUGAUCCAUCCAUACUUCAACCCCAUGAUCGGGCCCUCACCCUACGUCUACAUUACCAUGGGCGCACGCUAUGUUCCCUGUAUGCGGCACAUGGGUGGCAAUAACGAGAUCAACAUCACCCCGCAAAUCACUUUCCCGUGCCCUAACACGACCUCGUCCACGGCAACGGAAUGCUCGUUGGCAGAAGCCUGCGGCAUGAGUGGAAUCCCAGACCCUAGCAAAACUAACAACGAGUGGCACCCUAACCAGUGGUACCGAUUCAUCACGCCCAUCUUCCUUCAUGCCGGUCUCAUUCAUAUUGCGCUCAACAUGCUCAUGCAGUUGACUAUCGGGAGGGACAUGGAACUGCUCAUCGGCUCCGUUCGCUUUGCUCUCGUUUACUUUGCAUCCGGUAUUUUCGGCAAUGUUCUCGGCGCCAACUACGCCGCAAACGGCAUGCCAUCUACUGGUGCUUCCGGUGCGCUCUUCGGUCUUAUUGGGCUCACUAUCUUGGACCUGUUCUAUCACUGGGGCGAGCGCCAAUCUCCAUGGAAGGAACUCUUGUUUAUCAUGAUUGAUGUCGUUAUCACGUUCGUUAUCGGCUUGCUUCCUGGUGUCGACAAUUUUGCCCAUCUCGGCGGCUUAAUCAUGGGCAUUGGCCUCGGCAUUACCCUUCUGCAUUCACCUGCUCCCUUGCGCGAGCGCAUUGGCCAGAAAGAGCCGCCUUACUCCGCCGUUAGCAGCGUGGCCAAAGACGACGACAGCGGCGAGGGUAUCAAGGUCUUUACCAAGCAGCCCAUGGGCUUCUUCAAAGGCCGUAAGCCGCUGUGGUGGGCAUGGUGGCUGUUCCGAGCGGGCUGCCUUGUCGCAGUCAUUGUUGGAUUCAUCGUCCUGCUGAACAACUUCUACUUCUACCACAACCAGUGCAGCUGGUGCAAGCAUAUUAGUUGCUUGCCUGUCAAGAACUGGUGCGAGAUGGGCAAUCUUGAGUACACGAACACCACCCAGAGCUCCAGUAAACGUGACUUGCUCGGCGUC